CCAUUUCUGUUUACGCAAAUAAAAUUACCAAUAUGGUAACUCAAUAAGAAAAAUCAACCCGUAAGAAAAACGUCAAAAUUCCUUUCGAUAAAAAGAAAAACGAUAAAAAAACUUAUUUGUUAUGAAUGCAAAACGUAAAAGAAAUUAUGAAAACAUAAUAAAAAAAGCUUCAGAAUUGGGAAAAAAUUGUGAAAAAUUUUGUUAAAUGCUAGAAAACUGCAGUUGCGUAUGGUGGUAAAAGCGUAAUACAUUGGAUUUAUCAAACACUUAACGGUGCUGUUACUGUUUGAGAAAAGAAAAUUAAGAAAAACUUCCUCUAUUGCAUAUAUCCGCUUGUAAAGCCAACACUUCCCCCCCCAAAAAAACUAAAUUUUCUUCUCUACACAAUUUACAUACUUAAUCAAAUAAGACAAGACUGCUUUAAGUGACGGAAUAAUAAUCAUCAUGUUAACAUUGUAUUACGUGAGCGCUACAUUUUUACAAUCUUGGCGUAUUAGUAAAAUAUGUCAGAAGAUUACAGAACAAUUGGCUUCCCAAGCUAGUAUAGCAUUUUAUGCAUUACCCACGUCUUCCGACGAUGGAUUUGAUGCUUCUAUGGCUACAUCCGAAUUGUGUGCUAAUCGUCAAGUGGCCAAGGUUUCAGAAAUUUUAUGGCUACAUGGCAACAAUAGAGGCUGCUGUGUUAUGCCUCUACAAACAUUACUUACAACACCCUGGAUUUCAUUUCCCGAAGCUCCUGGUUUACAGCCAUUCGCAUUUAAUGAACCUUCUGAAACUUUAUUGCGUAGUUUAAGUUUAGAUAAACUUGGUCUUAUACGUCUGCUGAUCGAAACUGAUAUCCAGCCUUCGUCCGAUGAUGUUCAACAACAGGAUAUUGUGAGGAUCGAAAAUUAUGGUAAGCUGAUUGCCUGGAAAAUAGAUUCCCACCUAGCGGUGCUUAUUGAAACCGAUAUUGAGCACUUUACAAAAUUAUUAAUAGACACGUUUUUACAAAAUCAUUUUCUUAUCAAUGAUCAGCUACCGUUAUUAAGGAUUGAGUCGGUAAAAAAUGAUGGUGCUCCUCAACCGUAUGACAAGUUAUCCAGUCAUUUACGUAAACCAGCACGUAGUAAUGAGAGUCUUAAAGACGAUGAAUGGUCUAAACAUUUGGAAGACUUAAGAGCCGUAAGUGUUUUGGCAAAUCAAGCUACUGAAUAUGUUUAUAAUAAGAAUAAAACUGAAGGCAAGACGGGUGCUAUAAAACCUGAUUUAAUACCACAAGAGAAACGUGUCUCAGCGACUACUGAAAGUAAGAAAUCAAAAGAAUCUCCUAAAAAAAUUAAUGAAUCACCAAAGAAACUACAAGUAGAUGCUAAGAAAUCUGAUAAUUUAGAACAUUUAACCAAAGAAUUGUCCACUAAAGCAAGUCCAGAAAAAUCACGCAUUAACAAAGAUACGGAUAAGUUCAUAAAAACUGAGCAAUUAGCAAAAACAGCAGACAAAGAUGCUAAUACAACAGCAACUACCUCGACUAAGGACAAUGCCAAUAAUUCUUCCCCAAAAUCCCAUCAAAGUCCUAGUAAAUCUAGAGCCAAACCAACAGAAAUACGAAAACCUGCUGUCAUUGAUACAGGACGUUUUAAAACGGUUAAAUUUUCAAAUGAGUCCUCUACCUCGUCAGCAGCAGUUGAAACACAACAAGAAGCUAGUGAAUUGGAAAAAAUAGCUGCUGCCAAAUUGGCAGAAAAAACUAAAUCAACAUUUCCUGCUACUGUGGAAACAGAGAAACCAGAAUCAAAUGCUUCCAAAGUUAAGGAGCCAGCUGCAACAAUAGCUUCCACAACCCAGGAAAUGUUAAAAACAGAACAAACAACUAUAAAACCAACAUUAAUCACAGCAAAACCAGAAUUAACUACUGCAGCUGCUGCCAGUUCUGGUAGCUCCACUUCUGCUGUAAAAGAUAAUGCCAAACGUCCCAGUUUAAAACGUCACAAAGACAGUUUAACCGAGUGCAAACCCCUUAAUGUUUUAGUUUAUGCCGAAACCUCAACGGCCAAAGAAAGUGCCGUAAACACUUUAAAAGAAAUCUUAGCUGAUAACACUUAUACCAUUUAUCCUUUAACUGCACAACAAGUUGAGCAAAAACAUUGGCUAAAUACCACUGCAUUAUUGGUCGUAUGCGGCACAGUUCCCAAUACAAUUGGUGAACUGUUUGUCGACUAUUUUCUGAGGGGUGGCAAAGUUUUAUCAUUGUGUUCUGAUAUCUUGCACUUUAUAUUGCCUACAUAUCGUACUGCUGAGGUACGUGAACAUGAAUUGGUGCAAUUUUCAUAUGACAAAUGGCAAAAAGUCAAAAUGAUGCAUCAUAUAUUCUGCUAUCAACCCUCACCGGUUAAGAAAAACUUUUCCACCGACAGUGAUGAUUCGGCUUAUACCAACAGUCGUAAACCAGCUCUAGUGUGUCCACCAAGGUCCAUUGAACUCAAGGAUUUGAAAGGUGUUAUGCAUCAGCUAGAUGUUAAAGUAUUGGGCACCGAAGAAACCUGGAAUACCCCUAGUCUUUUGCUAGCCAGUAAUAAAAAGAGUGGUGGCACUGCUGUCUUCUCACAAGUCCAUUUGGAAAUAAAUCCCACAGAAUUUGAAACGGAUGAAUCUAAAUAUUCUAUACUCAAACAAAAUGAUAAUAUACGUCAUGAAAUCUUUGCUGAUUUACUAAAAAAUCACUUAACUUUAAGUGUGCAAGGAAAAACGACAACAGAAAAUGGUGCAGGACCUAAAUUGAUAUUUAAAAAUGCCUACUUUUUGGGUAGACAUGAGGCGAAAUUUGAGUUAUUGGAAAAACUAAAGUCCAGUGUUGAUGCUGAUAAUAUUUUAACAACACCCAAAUUAACGAUGAAAUUCUGUGGUCCAGAUGAUAAACUACCAAAAGUCAAUUCGAAUAUUUUACCCAUAUUAAUACAUUCCUGUCCCGAAGAUUUUUCUACAGUGGACUAUUUUGAGAAUCUUAAAACUGCUUAUGUUGGCCGUUUAGUUAUAUAUGCUCCCAUUGUGAAUAGUUCUCAGCAUGUUAUUUCGGAUUUGGAAUUAACUAAUGGCAUUGUGGUUAUACCACGUCAACAAACUGAUGGCAUGGGGCGUAGUAAUAAUCAGUGGCUUAGUCCUUUGGGUUGUGCUAUGUUUUCUAUACAACUUCAUAUAAACCUUGAUACACCAUUGGGUCAACGUUUACCUUUAAUACAACAUAUAUUGGGUGUUGCUAUGAUCAAUUCUUUAAAAAAUCAUCCUUUAUAUAAGGUCCUUAAUCUCGGUCUAAAAUGGCCCAACGAUGCCUAUGCUAAUGGCAUUAAUAAAAUUGGUGGACUUGUCGUCAAGACAACAUUAAUGGGUACAAAUGCUAUAGUAAAUAUAGGUUGUGCCAUUAAUUUAGAUAAUCGUAAACCCACAAUAUGCCUCAAUGAUAUGAUACGUGAUUACAAUAGUGCAAAUCAACAAAAAUUACCCUCAAUAAAAUAUGAAAUGCUAUUGGCUUUGAUGUUUAAUGAAAUUGAACGUUUAAUAGAAUUAGUACAAACUGGUGAAUUUGAAACAUUUUAUCAAUUAUAUUAUGAUUUAUGGUUGCAUAGCAAUCAAUCUAUUACAAUUUGCGAUAAAGAUGGUGCAAAAAAAGAGGCUAAAGUUAUUGGUAUAGAUGAAUAUGGUUAUUUAAAAGUUCAAUUAACAAAUGGUGCCGUUGAAGUAGUACAACCGGAUGGUAAUAGUUUUGAUAUGUUAAAAGGUUUAAUUAUACCAAAAUUCUAUUAAGUUAAAAAAAGAUUUAAAGAAACUAAUAUUAACAUAUUUAUGCAUUUAAGUGAUUCGUAUUUAACAAUUUAAUUAGAUUAAAAGUUCAAGAAAUGAAAAAAUACACUUAUUAUAUAUUGGGAAUUUAUAUAAUCAAAAAAAUAAUUUGCCAUUUAUUUAAAAAAAUACUUAAUGAUAUUUAAAUGCCUAAAUAUAUCAAAUAUAUAUAACGUAUUCCUAUUAGUCAGUGUAGUUAUUAAAAUUUUUUAGCUUUUUUCAAAUUUUUUCCUAAAAACGAAAUAUUUAUAACAUUUCCAAUAACUCUAGUCAUUUCUUAUUAUUGUUAAAAUUAAAAAAAAGACUCGUAAUAUUUUAUGUCUUCUAUAAGUGUUUUUUUUCGAAAUUAUUUGAAAAAAAUUUAUUGUUC